CCGCCAGACUUGUCAACAGUCAGUUCAAGUCAAGAUGGCUGCGCUGCCGCUGGUGAGGGUCGCGCUGCUCGUCGCGUUCUCGGUGUUUCUGACGCUUGUCCUGGGCUUCGGCUUACCGUCUGUGCUCAACAUCUUUGCGCGGUACUGCGGCUUCCCGGAGGCGAGCGUCACCGAGAGCAUAGUGCUGCUGUACGCGCUGUUCGUGCUGUAUGUGGCCAUGCCGCGCCUGCCUCGCGGGACAGUGACGGUUGAAGGGAAAGCGGUGCUCAUUACCGGCUGUGACACUGGAUUCGGACUUGCUUUGGCCAAGCACUUUCACAAGCUCGGUUUCACUGUGUUUGCAGGUUGUCUGUUUAAGGACGGAGAAGGUGCGAAGGAGCUGGAGAGCCUUCACUCAGAGAAGCUGAAGGUGUUGCAGCUGGACGUCUGCAGUGAGGAGCAGGUCUCUGAGGCGCUUCAGGUCCUGACCGCUGGCCUGGAUGAGCCAGAGAAAGGUCUGUGGGCUGUGGUCAACAAUGCUGGUAUCUCCACAUUCGGUGAGGUGGAGUUCACAACCAUGGACACAUACAAGCAGGUUUCAGAGGUCAACCUGUGGGGCACCAUCAGAGUGACCAAAGCCUUCCUGCCCCUCAUCCGCAGGGCUAAAGGUCGCGUGGUGAACAUCGCCAGCAUGUACGGUAGAAUGGGAAACGCUCUCCGAUCCCCUUACUGUGUAUCCAAAUACGGAGUGGAGGCCUUUUCUGAUUGUCUCAGGUAUGAAAUGAAGGCUUGGGGCGUUAAAGUUUCCGUCGUUGAGCCUGGAAACUUUAUCGUGGCCACUGGUAUCCUGACACGUGACAUAGUCACGACAACGGCAGAGAAGCUCUGGAAGGAGGCGCCCCCUGGUGUCCAGGAGGACUAUGGGAAAGGUCACUUUGAGCAGUACAUGGCUCUCAUGCGCUCCUACUGCAACAGCGGCCAGCGAGAGAUCGAGCCGGUUUUAGACGACAUCACCGAUGCCAUCACGUCCAAAUGUCCGUACACACAAUACAACCCCAUGGAGCCGCACUGGUGGAUCCGCAUGCAAAUAAUGACCCACCUUCCUGCGGCCAUCUCAGACAGACUCUACUUCUGAUGUGAUGCCAACUUCCAAUACGUUCGUCACAGGGGGAAUCAACGAAUUAAUAUAUGCCAUAUUGAACGUAAUAGUAUACAAUCUUUUAAAUAACAAUCCAAAAAAGAAUUAGCAUACAAUCUUAAAUUUGAAAAAAAGAAUCACAAAAGGAAUAUUCUCGGUAAAAUAUGUGUGAUACCAAGGGAAAUAAGACAAGUCUACAUUAUUUUGUCAAAAAAUUAUUCUUUUAAAGAGAUAGUUCACCCAGAAAUUAAACUUUGCUGUUCUUUUCCUCACCCUCAGCUCAUCCAAGAUGUAUUUGACAAUUUUUCUUCAGUAGAACAGUAAAGAAGAUUUUCUGCUGAAACGGUGAUCCUUGGUGAUUCAUAAAUGCAUGUCACCAGCUGCUGUCACUUUAAGAGACAAAAGAAAAAAAAAACAUACAUGCAAGACAAAAUGAAUACCUGUUACUCUUUAUAAUAUUCUGAGGUCUUAUGAAGCAAAACAAUCAAUCUGUGCAAGAAACUGAACAUUAUUGUUAUUAUUAUCAUCAUCCCCAUUAUGUUUAAUCCAGAGCCUCAUGCACUCCUGUCUUGCUCAGUUUCUGAUUGUUUCGCUUCAUGAUACUUCACUAUAUAUUGUCAGGGGUUUUUGUGUCUGUCAAAGUACCGGUAGCUAUUAACUCGCAUUUAAUGAAUCACCAAGGACCACGGUUUCAGCUAAAAAAUCUUCUAUAAAAGAGAAGAGGCCUGAGUGUGAGGAAAUUCACUGCACACUUUCAUUUUUGGCUGAACUAUACCUUUGAGUUUAAAUGUAUGCACUUCGAUUCACUUUAUCGUAUUUUAGACACAUCAAUGGUUAAGUAUUUUGGAAAAUGUGAACACUUCCCAUUAUUUUGAUUUGGUCUCGCAGACAUUUCCAUAGAGCGAUCACGAAUCCCCAGAGGCCUGAAGCCAGCAGCAGUGAAAAGCAGCAUUAUACAGCGCGUCCCGGCUGGCUGCUGAUGUGGCAGAUGUCUGAGUGUGGCUCUUUUCAUUGAAAGGAUGAACCCACAGAUGAACAAAAGAGGACGACUGUGGUUCUGUCAAUGCUUUCUUAGGAGAAACAAUAAGAGGGAGGGGCUGAAAGAGUUAUGAAAGAGUCAACACAUUUUCCCUUUAUGAGCAUUUCUUCCAAGAAUCUGAAUGAUUACAUUUUGAGGUUUUAUGAGAUCACUUGCCAUUCACUUUAGCAAAUUUUGUGCUGAAAUGUUCUGAAUGUUAAAAUUAAUGUAUACAUAUGCAGCAUUCCAAUUUGCAUAGUUCUAUGCAAUAAAAAGAUGUCCUUCGCUUCAUCGUAUGUAGUAAGACUGGCUGUGUUAAAAACAGCACACAAGCAUACUGUUCUUACUGUUGUUGCAGUAUGUAGUAUGUACUAGCAUUCAAAAGUUUGGGAUCAGUAUGAUUUUGAAAGGAGUCUCUUCUGCUCACCAAGGCUGCAUCAAAAUAUAUGCAUUCUGAUCAAAAGUACAGUAAUUAUAUGAAAUAUUGCAAUUUAAAUCACAAAUUUGUAACAUAAAUAUGGUCACCAUUGGUUAAUUUAAUGUGUUCUUGGUGAUAUACAUAUAAACUACUGACCCCAAACCUUUGAAUGGCAUUAUAGUUUGCACAGAAUGCAGAUUUUAUGAAUGAGAGCUUAGAGCGUGGACUUGUUUCCCACAAUUCAAUGCACUCGACUUCACCUUCCAUCAAGAGUGAUCGCUUGUGAUUUUUCACAACUCUUGCUUCAGUUAUAAAAAAAAAGGUAAUAAUUGGAAGCCACUGAAUUAAUCCUUUAGUAUUUUCAUAUUUUACAGUUAAAAUGUGUAGAAUAAAGCUUUACUGCUUUACUGAAAAAGUACAAGUACACAAUGUAUACUGCACAAUAGUAAGAUCUAGUAUACAAUUUUGAACAUAGCCAGAAUGGUAGAAACAUCCACAUUAUACAUUUCUGAACCAGAACCCAUUUAAAUUUGCUUGGAAGCAUUAAAGCCUCUAUAUAAAUUAUUUUUAUUAUAACUUUUUUUAUUUUGAAAUGUAAGGAUAAUACGAUUAGCAACUGCUGUGGCAGUUUCAGUAUUGCAUUGCUGGCUUUUUUUAAAUGACUGAACAUUCCUUAAGAUAAUUGUCACAAACCACUACUCUUUCCUUAAUGCAAGGGCUAAUAGGCAUUAUUAGCCUAAACACCUCAUAUAUAUAUAUAUAUAUACACUGAAAAAAUUAUACUAAAAUUUUAAGGUAAGUCGUUGCAAACAGUUUAUUUUAGCUACAUAAAAAAUAUAUGUUGACAUGUCAACUGAGUGUUUAUUUAAAUGAAGCUAAAAUAAAUUGAUUGCAACCACUUACCUUAAAAUAUUGUCAAUUCAGUGAAUCAUUUUCAGUGAUGUAUUACAUUUGAAACACUAGGAUUUGGCAUUCACUUAUGCUGAUUUCACAAACUAUAUAUAUCCACUAGAAUGGAUUGCAUGGGAACAGGAAUGUCAUCAAAUGAUGGCCACCAGAGAGAGCAGUUGAGUUGGCAUCCGAAGCCAUCAACCUCUUUCAAAAGAAAAACACUAACAGUAUAAUCAAAUAGUGUAUCGCGGUAUGACUUUGCUCUCUCUACACAUAAUGUUAUUGCCUAAUACAGACCAAGUGUUUGCAUGGCUUUCUUGAUUUCUUGUGAAUGUGAAAACCAGUAGAAGAAGUGUAUGCAAGUUUCUACAAAAUUCAUUCUACAAGAUUAGUUGAGAAACUCGUUGCGGUGUGCUUUGUGUUUAAUAUAACUUACUGUAUGUUGCAACACGAUAAUACAGUACUGUAUGCACAGCAUUCACAUCUAAUAUUUUAGGGAUUUUCUCUGGCUUUGCUUGUGCAAUCAUGGAGAGUACAUUUAUGUAUUUAGGGAACUCUGCAUACGCAAGUAAUUGCGCUCGUAAUGGUCACACGGUGCCCCAGUGGUUCUCUAUCAAAUCCUUUCUCUUCCUACAGCUGACAUGUUUCAGAUUGUUUCAGUAUGCAUUUUGACUGUCUUUUUAUUAAUUGUCUCACGCACAGCAUGUGUAAAGACAUUAUGAUUCCCAGUAGGUCUUCAUUAAAUGCCUUCAAUAUCUUUUCUAUAGCAGUGCUACACAAAAUCAUGCAGGAUAACAUUUCAAUGACAUUUACUCAUUAAGCUUUUAUAUAUAGUUUUAACCUCUGAAAUUGUGACACCACAUUUAUGCUUUGGAUGAUAUUAAAGAGAUGUCAAAAUA